AUGUCGCUAGCUGUACAGGCGCAGAUCCGCCGCAACGCGGAGGAAGUGCGCGCUUAUUUAUCGGACUUGAGAGAAUGGGAGGAGAGUUUUUCGAAAGAAGAAAAAUCAAAAAAGCAAACAAAAUAUGAAGCUUCAGAAGCAUCACAGCAACCAGAAACGAGCGAGACCGGACAGUCUAGCAAGCAGCAGCAGCAAGCGAAGCAGAAGCAACAAGAGCAGCAGCAGCAGCCAGAGCAGCAGCAGCAGCAAGCUUCUAAUGCUGCAGCAAACAGACGAAAAUACGCAAGAGAUCUCAAUUCACUGCCAGAGUAUUACAAGGCCUGGGAUGCCUUCGACCCUGACAAGGAAGAAGAAGAAGAGGCCCCCAAAGGGGGCCCCCUGGCAAAAAGCCAGCAGAAAGUGCAGAAAGCUCAUCCCCAAGUCGCCAGGGGGUCGCGCAACGGGGCCCAUUCUUCCUCGGGGGCCCCUCGAAUGCGCGUCUGCGCCUCCGUACCCUCAAGCGGGAAAGUUGGUAGCCCUGAAAAGGCCCCAUUGGGGGCCCCCGAGGGGGCCUCUGGGGGCCUCUGUGGGGGCCCAAGGGCCAGUUCAUCUGCUGCAGGGCCUACUGAUUGGCUGGCCUAUUUAGCAGCACUUAAGGAAGCGGCCAAUAGAAAUUUCGGGGCAAAACGCUACGCAGCAGCUGUUAAGGAAUAUACGAAGGUGCUGCAGCUAGUUGAAGAAUACUUGGCUCGGCUGGGCAGUGUCCCUGCUGCUGCUGCUGCUGCUGCUGCUGCUACGGGCACCACAGCAAGAGAACCUGCAGCAGCAGCUGAGACACUCAUGGGCCAGCUGUACGGCAACCGCGCCGCUGCAUAUUUCUACUUGAAGAAAUAUACGGAAUGCAUUUCAGAUUGUUCAAAGGCGCUGCAGCAAACGCCAAAUUACGCAAAGCUAGUUUACCGCAGAGGUGCAGCGUGGGCAGCCAAAGGUCAGCCAGAGGAAGCACUAAAAGACCUCAAUUAUGCACUGCAAAUAGUAAGGCAGCAGCUAGAGCAGCAGAAGGAAGAGCCGUGGAAAUCCCAGCAGCAGAAGCAGCAACAGGAAGAACAGCGAGAAGAUCAGGGUUCGCAGCAGCAGGAUGAACAAAGCGGAGAUCAGCGGCAGAAGCAGCAACAGGAAGAACAAAGUGAAGAUCAGCAGCAGCAGCAGGAGCAGCAGCAAGCUGGGGUGUGCGUUGCGGUUUCGUUGUCCGCUGCCGAUGCCUUAACAUCUCUGGCUGAAAAAAUUGAAUCUGAGAUAAAAGCAAUCAGAGAAAAGACAGAAAUGGAGAGGAAGGAAAGAGAACAAACAGCGAAGGACCAGCUGCUACUUUCCCUGACAAAUUCCAUUUGCCGAUUUCCUGAAGAGCCACUGAGGCCUUUGGAUGUUUGUGCUGUGAAAUAUAACUAA